UUUGAAAUUUGUAAGAAAAGGGGAACAUAAAAUCCCACAGAUUAAUAUUUGCUAUUCGUAGUUGGAAACCCAUUGCAAUAAACAGAGUACUCCAAUGUCAGGUCAAAAUUCAGCAUCCAUUUGCAGAGUGAACCCCUACCAAUAUCUCCAGAUUGUGGUCAAUCCUGAUGGCACAAUUACAAGAGACCCCAAUAGAUACUCAAAUUCUUCACCCUCAGUCGAUUCCACUCCUGUUCUUUCCCAAGACAUAUCCAUCAACCAAUCCAAAAAUACAUGGAUUCGUGUCUUUUUACCUGAUUCUUCCUUUACUUGCAGCAAACUUCCUCUCAUAGUUUACUUUCAUGGCGGAGGAUUCAUCAAUUGCAGUGCAGCCUCAACAAUUUUUCAUGAUUUUUGCUCAAACAUGGCCGUUGACAUUCCCGCUAUUGUUGUCUCUUCCAACUACCGCCUGGCGCCUGAGAAUCGUCUACCUGCGGCCUAUGAUGAUGCUGAAGAGGUAUUCCAGUGGAUCAAGAACAGCCAACUCGACUGGCUGAGAGAGCAUGCUGAUUAUAAUAGAUGUUUCAUAAUGGGUAGUAGUGCAGGGGCUAACAUAGCUUACCAUGCGGGCUUUCGUGUGGGCGGAGAAGUUGGUAGUCUUGAGCCGUUGAAGAUCAAAGGGCUGAUACUGCAUCAUCCAUUCAUCGGUGGAACCCAAAGGACGGAGUCAGAGCUGAGGCUUGUGAACGACCUUCAUUUGCCACUAAGUGUGAGUGAUCUCAUGUGGGACUUGUCCUUGCCAAUUGGGGUUGACCGUGAUCAUGAAUAUUGCAAUCCAACGGCCAAUGGUGGGUCGAAACUCUGGGAGAACAUGAGGUUGCUGGGAUGGAGAGUGUUGGUGACUGGAUGCGAUGGUGACCCAACGAUUGAUCGUCAGAUGGAGCUUGUGGAGAUGUUGAGGGCCACAAAUGUAGGAAUUGCAAGCCAUUUUAGCGAGGGAGGUUAUCAUGUUGUGGAGCUUAAGGAGCCCUCCAAGUUCAAGACUCUGGUGUUGGUGUUGAAAGAAUUCAUGUUUUCUUCAGCAGAUGAUUAGAAAAUGUGUCAGGCCCAAUGGACUUUUUGGUAAUGAUGGCCAUGAUUAAUAAUGAAAUAUUAUCUUUGUCA